AUGAGUCGUCUGUUCGUCUCCGUCUUUUGCGCUAUCGUUCUAUCCUCUCUUGCUGUCGCCGCUCCAGCCAACAGCAUUGCAGCGUCGGGGACAGCAGUCUCAUCUGCAGCUGAACCUAGCGAAACUGUUCCUCUGGCGAUCGACGAUCCCAACUAUGUCGAAUGGGUACCCGACACUGAUGCAAAUCCCGAGCCUAUUCGUGGCACUCUUGGUGCCACCAUCAUCGCUCAGACCAACAUCCCGCUUGAAGAUCAAAACCCGGAUCUUUUGGCGCCUCCUACCACCGAUUCUGGCUUAAUUCCAAAUGUCAAGUGGCCAUUCAGCUUGAGCAAAAACCGCAUGCAGACUGGUGGAUGGGCUCGACAACAGAACAUUCAGGUCAUGCCGAUCGCUACUUCUAUGGCCGGCGUCGAUAUGCGUCUGGAAGCAGGUGCAAUCCGUGAAUUGCAUUGGCACACGACAGCGGAAUGGGCCUACGUUCUGAGUGGUGCCGUUCAAGUCACAUCUGUGGAUACCAACGGUCAGAAUUAUCUCGGGACGGCGAACACCGGUGAUCUCUGGUAUUUCCCGCCCGGGAUUCCGCACAGUCUUCAAGCCACGAACGAGACCGCCGCAGGCGCCGAAUUUCUCCUUGUGUUCGAUAACGGAGAUUUCAGCGAGGAUUCCACAUUCCAGGUGACCGACUGGAUGGCCCACGUGCCGAAAGAAGUCAUAGCCAAAAACUUCGGUAUUAGUAUGGCUGCUUUCGAUCAUAUACCUGCCGAGCAGCUCUACAUUUUCCCUGGCCCUGAUCCCGCUCCUGAUGCCGAGAAUCUUGUUGAGGAUCCACAGGGACAAGUUCCGAGCCCAUUCACCUUUGCGCUCUCGCAGAUGGCACCAACUCAGUUGCAGGGGGGUACUGUUAAGAUUGCCGACUCUACCAUAUUCCAGGUGGCAACUUCUAUUGCCGUUGCUGAAGUGACCGUCGAACCUGGAGGCAUGAGGGAGAUGCACUGGCAUCCUACUCAAGACGAAUGGGCUUACUUUCUUUCCGGUAAUGCGCGAGUUACGCUCUUCGCAUCCAGCGCAACCGCCAACACAUACAACUUUCAGGCUGGAGAUAUCGGCUUCGUCCCCGCUUCGUAUGGUCAUUACGUCGAGAACAUCGGGAAUGACACGCUGCAUUACCUUGAGAUCUUUAACACGGACCGCUACCAAGAUAUCAGCUUGAACCAGUGGUUGGCAUUGACACCGCCGGAGUUGGUCAAAGCUCACUUGCAGCUUUCCGAUGAAACAAUCAGCAUGCUCAGCAAGACUAAGCUCACUGUCGUUGGGCCUCCCAAGAACUCGACGGCGUAG